AUGCAAGAUGAUUCGACUGGAAAAGUAUUUUACAGCCUUUGCAAUAGCAAUGGGAGCGCCCAUAUUUUUCCUGCCGACGAUUCAGUAGCUUUCCACUUUGACGAGAACUUGGCUCCCAAAAAUGGCACUAGCCUCGCAGGUGUGGGAUAUAUUGAUGGAGAUGGUCUCUUUGCAGCGACUUGGUUCCAGAGAGAAGGCGACGAAAUCGUGUUUCAUUUGUGGAAAUGCGAUGCGACCGGCCAUUUCACUCCCUACGGCACUGAUAAUCAACGAGUUAUAGGCGAAGACCAAAGCGUAUACUCGAAUACGGGACUUAUGGGUCUGAAUCUAGGCGCAACUGCCGGCUACCGCGUUUACUUCCGGAACAAAAAUAAUGAGCUUUUGGUUCUGUGGCAUACCGAGGAAAGGGGUGUUUGGGACUUACAAGGAGACGUGUCUAAGGAUACAGUCAGGAGAUCUGCAAUUGGGGCUGGCUAUUUUGAGAUAGAUCGGGUCACGGUCGUGACACCUAGAGAUGACAAAAAUAUUGAAGUGUCCGAUUUGCAGCCAAAUGGAACGUGGAUCAUUUCCACAUUCCUAACCCCUCUUGUGAACGUUUCCCGGGGAUCUGUUCGAACCAUUAACCAAUUUGAACCUAAGUUACCACCUACCAAUGACACGGAUGCUGCAUACUUCGAACUCGAUACGAAUGUGGACCCCGGGUGGUCGUUGGAAGCGUGGGAUGGCAAUGUAGGUGGGCUUGGGCUCGCCGUUAACGACUCAACCCAUAGUAUUUUUUAUAUUGACAACGACUCCUUCCUACAUUGUAUCAUGGAAGUCAACGGUACCUGGAAGAUGACACAAAGGCAGAACGAAAGUACUUGGCCACGUGCCGAUGCUGCAAAUGCUAGAUUUGCGACAGCCUAUAUUCCUGCCCGCAACGAGGUCCUCAUUUACUACUUGAGCGGGGGUAAUUUAACCCACAUACACCGAACGAGUGAAGAAGAAUGGAAAACAGCAGUACCUCUUUUGAGAUACAACGAUACGGUAGUAGAAGCUCCUAUUACCAGUACGGGUCUCUCAACAGGAGGUAAAGCCGGGAUCGGGGUUGGUGUUAGCAUAACAGGUAUUGGGCUCCUAUUAAUUAUGGCCUUUUUAAUCGCCCGGUACCAUAGAAAGCAGCGAGUAGAGGAAAUUCAAGACGAAAAAAAAGCAACGACAGCUGAUACGAACAUACCUCUAUCUCGCCCGCCCGUCUAUUACGAAAUGCCGGACCCGCACAUACAUAACGGUCAUGCUUGUCAGGAGAUGCCAAAUCGCGAAUGUGCCCAUGAAGUGCCUAGUGAUAAUAAUCACCAACAAGACUUUAUCCCUAUGACUGAUGAGGAAGCGGAUACAAAACCGUGA